AUGGUAUCAGAAGACGAUGCGUCCAGUGCGGACGACAGGGUUGCUUUAAGGUCCGCCCCGUUAUCCUCAUCGGCUUCAUCUCGACCAAAGACCAAACCUACCGCCUAUAUCGAUGACCUCAUAGCCGAGAAUCAACGGCUCAAGAGCAAUAACAGCGUUGUCACUCAGGCUCGAGCAGAGAACAUCCUCCCAGAUCUGGCAGCCGUUGCUUCGGUAAAAGAGACAACAGACAACGCAAUUGCCAUCCCGCCGCCAUCGCUUGAUGAUCGGCCAUGGUUCUUCGACAUGAACAUACCGCACACGCCGAUUCUCAUCGGUGAGGCAUCAGACGCCGCAUUCGCUACCCGGUUCCGCCAGGCAAUAUCGACGGUUGAGCACAGUCACAUCCCGCGCGUGAACUACGCAACAGACGAGAAGCUGCUUGCACUUUCUGAUACGGAUUGCCCCUGGCCAAGCCCAGCGAGGGCACGUUUUCUCGUCGGCGUUGCCUUGAGAUAUGUCAGCCGUUGUUAUCACAUCAUCCGGAAAAGUUCGAUUCUUGAUGCUUUGGAGCAGACACUUCAGAACCCGGCUGAAAGCGACUCUCUUCUCAAGAGCAAGCUGUGGGCAAUGUUUGCCAUUGGCGCCAUGUAUUCAACCCGCUCGGCUACAUCAGAAAAGCACUUUCCUGGCAUGGGCUACUUUGCACGGGCAACUCGUAUCCUCCGCAUCGUUAGCGAACGACCGAGAAUCGAUGUUGUUGAGUUGAGAUUGUUGCUGUCUUUCUACUCUCUUGCACUCAACCGACGACAUACUGCCUACACCUUUGCCGGCUCCGCAACCAGACUUGCCGUCGUCAUGGGCCUGCAUCUCAACGUUCCUGAGUCGCAACUCAGAGACGCAGCCGCCCGAGAACACAGAGUCAGAGUAUGGUGGACAGCUUACAUUUUUGACAGGAUGUGGGCAGCCAAGCUGAGCCAUCCCGUCGCUGUCCAGGACAUCGAUAUUGAGGUGGACUUGCCAUCAGAUCCAGUUGUCGACGAGAGGUUAGCGGAUGACUUUGCCGAUGCAUCUUACUUUGUUGCCAGCGUAAAGCUCGCCAGUGUACUCGGCAAGGUUGUGCCUUCCAUCUAUCGAAGAAGAGCCCAAGACACCUCAUUAUCACAUAGAGUCCAAGAGGCUUUGAAGGAUCUCCGUGGGUGGUCUUCAGAGCUCCCUCCGCAGCUUCACAUUGACUCGAAGCCUACGUCGGAACGGAUGCCAAAGCCAAUCUCACUGCAUCUUAACUUCAAUCAGUGCGCUAUUAGCACCACCCGUCCAAUCCUACUCCACGUGCUGCGAACGCAUGUAGCAUCUUGGGGAACACCAGAGACGCCAGUACCUCGAGUCCCUGCAACCGCCAUGACUCUCGCAGAAACUUGCAUACGCUGCGCUCGUCACACGUGUCGACUACUAACAGAAUGCUGGAUUGAUGGUUCCUUUGCAACAUUUGACUACUUUUACACCCAGUACCUCUUCUCGGCCGCCACCAUCCUGGCGGCAUCCAGCCUCCUGAGCGGGAAAGAGAGUCACAACGACAGGGAACAAUUUGAAGAAGCAGCCCAGUUCCUGUCCCAGCUGAAAGACAAUGGCAAUUACGCAGCCGAGGAGUUCUGUCAUCACAUCGACGCUAUGAAGGCCACAAUGGCCGCGGCUCACGUACGUCGUGGUGAUUUCGUUGUAGCGGAAUACUCAACUGCUAUGUUAAAUGAUGCGUCGACCACUUUCACGGACGCAGUCAACCUCAACCAGCCUUUUGCGGCGCAAAAUACGACUGCCGGAAUGGCGCUCAACGAACCGUCGUUACAGGAACUCCUGGCACAGCCACUGCUUGAUUUGCAGUUUAUAGACGCGUCAAUCUAUAAUGAUGGCGCUCAGGGACUUUACUGGCCAGACUUUAGUCCGGAGUCAUGGACGCCUGAUGCGUGGGCAGCAAGUUGA